AGCACACAUGGGAAGCAUAGAUCUGCUUCGAGUUGUCUUCAAAAUGGCUGAAGAAAUGUCUAGAAAAUGCCAGGUGUUCACGAUGAAGAACAGUCAUGGCAAUACCCUUCUUCACGAGAGCAACAAGUUUAAGGCAGUAAAAUUCCUGGUUGAUGAGAUUGCACAUGAAAGACGAGCGAGGAUGCUGAUGGACCGCAAUAAUUUAGGGGAGACGGCGCUAUACAGGACUGCGGCAUUUGGCAAUAAAGCAACAGUGGAGUACUUAGUAAAUGAGAUGGAACAGACAGCUAUUUGGUUACUUGACAGAUAUUCAGAGCUGGCGACAAGGAAAUAUUAUGGGAAGACAUGUCUUCACAUUCUCGGUAGCAUGCCGACUGCUUUCAAAAGUUCUUCUUCCAUAAUGUAUGGAUUGGAGAUUAUAUAUAGAUAUAUUCCAGGCAACUUGAUCUAUAGAGAUGAAAAUGAACAGGAUGUACCACGUUGGAGCAGUAAGAGUAGGAUACGCUGUCUAACAAUGAUAAAGAAUGUACGUCUACCCAAGUUCGAUGAUCUUUGGAUGUAUCUAGCUGAAAGAUGGAAUUUUAUUAAGGAAAUUGGGAAAACAAAAAAGAAGCAUCAAUUUGCAGUUGAAAUGGACAAGAUGCUGGUAAAGGUGGAUUCUUCCAUGUGGCGUGAGUACCACAACGAAGAAGGGCACAACAAUAUUAUGUGCUUUUCAGGAGACCGUAAAAAGGGAGGCAAAGAAACAGGGGAGGCAUCGUCCCAAACCGGAUGUGAUGGCACCGCCGCCACCAUUGAUGCAGCACCGGAUACUCCGUUGAUUAUUACCGCCAGGACAGGGAUCAAGGAGAUUGUGGCGGAGAUUAUCAACGUGUAUCCUCAAGCACUGGAGCACGUUACCAGGAGUAGUGGACAGAAUAUUCUGCACGUGGCCAUUCUACACCGUAACUACAUCCUUGAUCUCAUCAAGUCAGAAAGGGAAGUGGUAAAGCGGAGGCUGGUUUUGGGGAUCCACAAUGACGGUGACACCAUUCUGCACAAAGCCGCCUGUACAAAAUACUACAGCGAAGGAACCACAUCGACUGCGGCUCUGAAACUGCAAGAGGAGCUGAGAUGGUUCAGAGAGGUGGAAAAAAUGGUUCCUCCUCAUUACACAAUCCAUCUCAACAAGGAGAAUCGUACGGCGAAGCAACUGUUAAAAUACCAGCACAAAGAACAACUGAAAAAGGCCCAAGAAUGGGUCAAGAACACUUCUCGGUCAUGCUCCACCGUGGCAGUUCUAGUCGCCACGGUUCUCUUUGCUGCCGUCUUCGCCGUCCCAGGUGGUUUCAGAGGACACGACGCACCCGAAAUUCCCGAACGGUAGUCCUUGCGGACGAGCCUCUGUACUCUUUUUUCACUGUGAUGGACGUGGCCGGACUGGCGAGCUCAUUAACGUCGGUGGUGCUCUUCCUUUCAGUGCUCACAUCGCCACUUGAUCUGGAAGAUUUUCAAUAUCAAAUACCCUCGAAACUGUCGGCUGGCUUCCUCUUUCUGUCCUUUGGCAUUGCAACCACUCUGUUUUCCUUCACAGCCGCAACUAUCCUCACCUUUCAUUUGCAGAAGGCGUGGACUACGAUUCUGACCUACGCCGCUGCAUUCCUUCCAGUCAGCAUCUAUGUGAUUUUGCAGUUCGGUUUGUAUUUGGCAUACCUCAAGAGUGCUUUAAUCGGCAUUUUUAAGCUCGUGAGGCUGCUUGUUCCAGGGAUAUAAGGUUGCAUAUUUUUAAGGUUAAAAUAUAAUCUAGUUCCUCAA